CGUCCAUCAAUAUCGACAUGCUCGUCGUCCAGGGCGGCGACACAUCCCGCAGCCUUCGCCCUGAUACCGGCGACGCAUUCUUCCUUUCUAAGAUAUCUUGCGUAUAUACGGUGCAGCCCUCUGAAGAGCUAUUUGCAGAAAGAGAAACUUGCUUAAUUUGUCUAGAGAUUGAAAUUAGCUGUGUCGACCCGAUAAAAAAUGGCCGAGUCGUCAUUUAAACCGCGUGCUCGAAUGUCGUGGCCCACGGUCCUCCACAUGGGUUAGCAUGGCUGUAAGUAAGGGAUGCUCCAAAUCAGCAGCGGCACGUCGCAAACGAAAAACGGAUCCAACAAAUCCACGCUCGAUUGCCGCUCGAAGCAGGAACAAGGACCCAUGCGAGGGAUGUAAGAACAGCAGACAGGCUUGUUCCGGUGGUCCUCCCAACGUUUGUUCUCGAUGUGAAACGAAAGGUAUCGUUUGCAAGCCAGGAAGUCGGCCUGCCGAAACACUCAGAAUUAAC